AUGUCUGUCGGAUGGCAGUCGGUGGACAGAUGGCGACUGUUAGUUGGGCCUCAUGUCUCGCUCAUGCCGAGGACAUCUUCAAGACGUACGAAUUCUCGCAUCACUCAAGAUGCGCCAUUCAGGGGCACACUUGCCGCUACCCGCUCAAAUCCAAUCGAGGUAGGAAGGAAGGAAGCACAAAACACCGUUCAAAAGCUGUUGGACCGCAUCAACGAGAGUCCUGUUCGGGACCAAGUCAUCGCAGCUAUAAUUAACUCAUCUCAAGCUCAGACACACCCUGAAUCGUCAGCCCUAGACUCCUUCUCAAGUUUAAGAGACAGCGUGCCAGCUCGUUUAGAUGCGCCAGGGACAGAGGAAAUCGCUGUUUCUGCUCUUGUCGAGCAAAGUGAAGAGUCAGAAUGUGAUGGGCCGCCGGACUCGACUCAUUCCCCGUGUCCGUGUUCAAAGUUGAAAAAGGAGAGUUCCGUUGUUUCUCCCCUUCAUAUCAUGGCAGCUGCUUUCACGAAGAAUGAUACGAGUUUUGCAAACCAGAAUGUCGACACAGCCGUGCCACAUCUGCCACUCGACGCAAUAGGGCGAAGAGGCAACGAGAACUCAAUAAACAAACGGCUGAUAGAGUACUUCACACCUCGUCUGACGCAUGAUACGGAUUGGCAAGUCCUGGCGUCUCAGUCGAUCAACAGCACACUGAAGUUGGAGACCACCGCUUGCGACCCUGUAACUGCGCGCCUGGCGGAUCAAAACGAUGUCUCAUUGUACUUUCAGCUGUUCUUCCAGACGCGCAAUCCGCAUAUAGGGCUUCUAGACCCAGAUCUACAUACCCCCAAAUACGUCCGUCACACAUCUUUUACCCUCUUUUCUGUCAUUUGCGCUCUGGGAUGUGCUAUUUCGACACGUCCACGGGAUCGAAUUCUGUACCCAACUCUACUCUCUCUGGCAGAAGCGAAUCUCGCGUGGUCUAUCGCGGUGCCAGUGAGAUCACUAGAGACGAUUCAAGCAAUCUUAGCAAUGAAGUAUUGGGCACCGAUGUACCAGAGACAGGGAGACGAUCCCCAUUGGCUCCAUAUUAGUCAUGCUGUACAACUUGCCAAGGAACUCGGAAUAAACAAGCCUACCACUAUCGCUGAACUUGUCAAAGCUUUGGCCCCCGACGACACUAUUGAAAUGAGAGAGCGAUUCUCGCGCAAUCUUGAAAGAACCUGGCUAUACGUGUUCAUAGCUGACAAGAGCUUCGGUAUCGUCAUGGGCCGCUCCCCGAUUGUGGCUUGGAAAGAGCUCCCGCCUUGUCCAUGUCAGUGGUGGCGGAAGUCGAUGGCAACAUCUCUUGAUCGUAUGAUUAGUGGUAUCAUUGAGAUUAGGGUUCAGUUGCUGGAGUCCUUAAAGCAGUUGGAGCGUAUGAAGAAGACUGAUGCGUCCAUCUCGAAUUGGCAUGCAAAGAACUACGAUGUUCUUGAUCGAACGUGCAAGAUCAGGUGCUACGAAGAUGACGAGUCGUCUACACCCAUGUUGCCUAUCCUAGCUUUCUACAUGAAACACAGUCUCAUGAUUCUCAACGCGCAGGCGGCAAGGGAGUUAAAGAGACUCGGGGGAGCAACAGCCUCGACUAUUGCCUCGGUCGAUAGCAAAGCGUUUGAAACCGCACUUCAACUUCUAGAUCUGGUAUUACAUGAUCAAACGGUCAACGACAUUGGAUUGGGGUGGCACAACAAUCAGUUUGUAAUGGUUGCCCACGCCAUGACUGAGAUUGCCCAAGCUUUGAGUCGAGGAAAUCUAUCUUCUGUAGAUCAUGGAGCGGCGGCGUCCCAGAUCCGGGCCAUCUCUACAUGGCUUGAAGAGAAAGCGCAGGCGCUCCCAGCUACAUCUAUAGCCAGUCUCUACUCCGGUUUCUCUCAAAUACUGGUGUCCGGACUAGAUGGAGAGACCAGCAACGAUACGCAUAGGAGGCAAGAUCACACUUCUUACGAGACUCCAGACAGUUUCAUGACCGACUGGUCACGGGCUGUUGACGUCACCUCUCUGAACCCAAUGGAUUGGCUUGAUAUGAGUUUUCUAGGCAACGAAGACUUGUUUGUUGGCCUCGAGAAUGUGGACUUCAACGACCACGACGACAAUGGUGCUCUCCGGUUCCCAUGA